UUCCCUGUUUGCUAGAGAACAGAGAGUACCAUCCAAAAUCACGUUCUUCAUCCAAACUUGUUUGAAACAAAAACUUGCAGAGUUUCAAACUGCUCCUUAAUUCUCUCUCUCUCUCUCUCUCUCUCUCUCUAAUAUUGCUCUGUUUCAUACAUUCCUUCCUGGGAUCUUUUGCAGCAAAGACGAGUAGACAUGGAAGUGGUGGGAAUCUUCGUCUCUCCCUUGCUAAAAGCUGUGAUUAACAAGCUGUUGUCCUCUGAUUUAAUCGACUUGGCACGUCAAGGGGGUGUCGACACUUCCAUCAAGAAGCUGAAGAAGUCAUUUGAAGAUAUAAAUGAUGUUCUUGCUGAUGCAGAGGACAAGCAGAUAUCGGACAAGGCUGUCAAUAAGUGGCUGAAAGAGCUCCAGCAUUUGGCUUACGAUGCGGACGAUGUGUUGGACGAGUUUGGCACUGAAGUUCUACGCAAAAAGCUGAUCAUGGCAGAUACUGAUGUUGGUGAGGCCAGCACAAGUGGUAAGGUACGACGAUUCCUCCUUCCUACUUGUUGCACUGGUUUUACUCCAACUGCGAUUUCAUUCAAUUUUGCAAUUCGGUCCAAGAUAAAGAAGAUCAAUGGUCAGUUACAAGAUGUUACUACAAGAAUUAAGGAACUUGGUUUGGUCAAAAAGGCUAUUGGGGGGACUCAUAAGCCUACAAAUGCGUGGCCGAGACGAGAAACCACAUAUUUGCUGGAUGAUCCUUUUGUUUGUGGCAGAGAUGAAGAUAAAAAACGGAUUGUUGAAUUGCUUCUUAGAGAUACACCAACUCAAAACAAAGUCGAUGUCAUUCCCAUCACCGGCAUGGGUGGGAUUGGCAAGACUACUCUGGCUCAACUCAUUUAUGAUGAUGAUGGUGUCAAAAACCAUUUCGAUCUAAAAGCGUGGGUUUGUGUAUCUGAGGAGUUUGAUGUUAAGACAAUAACAAAGGCAAUUCUGGAGUCAUUCACUCUCCAGUCAUGCGAUUUGACAAAGUUAACUGACCUUCAAAGUAAACUUGAGGUCAUGCUGGCAGAAAAAAAGUUUUUGCUUGUUUUAGAUGAUGUGUGGAACCAUAGAGAUGAAGAGUGGAGUUCACUACAAUCUCCAUUGCGAGCUGGAGCACAUGGAAAUAAAAUCAUUGUGACAACACGAAUCGCAGCUGUUGCGGAAAAGGUGAUGACGAUUAAAUUUCACAAUUUGCCAAGCUUAUCACCUGAUGUUUGCUGGUUAAUAUUUUCCCGUCAUGCAUUCAAGAAUAUAAAUACUAGUGAACAUCCAGAAUUGGAAUCAAUUGGCAGGCAAAUUGUUGCCAAGUGCGGAGGCUUGCCACUGGCAGCAAGGGCCCUCGGUGGCUUAUUACAAUGUAAACAAAAUGAGCAUGAAUGGAAAAUGGUACUAACUAACAAUAUAUGGGAUAAACCAUACGAGGAAAGUGGCAUUCUCCCAGCACUGAAAUUGAGCUAUCAUCAUCUCCCUUCCCAUUUGAAGAGGUGCUUUGGUUAUUGUGCAAUUAUCCCAAAGGAUUACGAAUUUGGGAAGGAUGAAUUAGUCUUGUUAUGGAUGGCAGAAGGUUUAAUUGAACACCCAGAAGGUGGAGAACAAAUAGAAGAUGUAGGCUGCAGGUAUUUUCACGAAUUGGUGUCUAGGUCAUUAUUCCAAUUGUCAAGGCAUAAUAAAUUGCUAUUCAUAAUGCAUGACCUCAUCAAUGAUUUGGCUCAAGCAGUUGCAGGGGACAUCUGUUUUAGGUUGGAGAAUAAUUUAGAGGGUGGCAAGCAGAACAAGAUUUCAGACAAAGCUCGACAUUCAUCUUUUGUUGGUAGUGAAUAUGAAGGAAUUAGAAAAUUCAAAGCUUUCGAUGAUGCCAGAUGCUUACGAACCUUCUUAAGGUUUUCGCCGCGUGCAUUCAACUACACAACAAGGUACUUGAUUCAUGAUUUGUUGCCAAUGCUAAAGUGCUUACGUGAGUUGCGUUUGUGUUAUUCUGGGAUAGAUGAACUACCAGAUUCCAUUGGAGAUCUAAAGCAUCUACGGUACCUUGAUGUAUCCCUUUCUCGAAUUAGGAAGUUACCUGAUUCGGUGGUAACUCUCUACAAUUUACAAGUCUUGUUUUUGAAAUUUUGUUUUGCACUUGAGAAGUUGCCUCUAAACAUGGGGAGGCUAGUGAACUUGCGCCACUUUGACAUGACUGGAGUGCAUAUUCCAUCAUCAGAAGAGAUGUCACUACAUAUAGGUAAAUUAACUAAUCUCCAAACAUUGUCAAAUUUUAUGGUGGGUAAAGAUCGUGGGCGUAAAAUAGGAGAGUUGAAAAACCUAUCACAUAUUCAAGGGGCAAUACACAUAUCAAGAAUGGAGAAUGUCAGUGGUGUUAAGGAUGCAGUGGAUGCCAAUUUAAUGUCUAAGGAGGAGUUAAAAGAGUUAUCACUAGAAUGGAAUGAAUCUCGUAGUUCACAGAAUGACAUAGUUGAGAGGGAUGUGCUUGACGUGAUGAGGCCUUUCAAAUUUUUGGAACGACUCACCAUCAGUGGGUAUCGUAGUACAAAAUUUCCAAACUGGGUUGGAGAUGUUUCAUUCUCUAAAAUGGUAUUCAUGCGAUUAAAAGGUAGUAAAUAUUGCACAUCUUUGCCACCACUUGGACAACUACCCGUGCUUAAAGACCUUUACAUUGAAGGAAUGAGUAUAAUAAAGCGCCUAGGUUGUGAGUUCUAUGGGCAGCAGUGUGGUGCCAAACCUUUCCCCUCUCUAGAGAGACUGAGCUUUGAGUUUAUGACAGAAUGGGAGGAUUGGUCUGCUUUUGAAAUAGAGGGAGUUCAGCCGUUCAGUCAUCUCAGUGAGCUUUCCAUCAUAAAUUGUCCCAAACUUGUUGGAAGAUUACCAAAUGAUCUUCCUUGUCUCAAUUCUCUCAAAAUUGAUCGUUGUCCGCAGUUAUUGAUUGAUGUUUCGAGCCUCGUUCAGCCAUCACUUGCGUCCUUGUCAAUGAAUUAUGUUAUGCUCCCAAGCCUUCCAGCACUCUUAGGGAUCAAGAACACGAUCGAACUUGAUUCACUCACCUUGGAUAUUAGCCAUGUUACAGUUCUCGACUCCCUCUGCGAUCCAAGCCCAACUGAUGAAGAGUUACUGGCUAAUGAAAUGUCUAAGCAUUUGACUUCAAUAACUGCUUUGCGUAUUUCUGAUGUUGAAAAACUGGUGUUCCUACCGACAUGGUUUACUCAAGAUUUGACGCGACUCGAGAAAUUGGACAUUAGUAACUGCCAAGAACUCUUAACAUUGUGGCGGAAUAAGGUGAGAAUACAACUAUGUCUCCCUGCCCUCUGCCAUUUGAAGAUUUCUUGUUGCCCCAAAGUCGUUUGCUUGUUUGAAGAAGAGCAAGAAAAAAAAGGAAAAGGUUCGAAAAAGUAGCAACAUGAGGGGCUGCCUUGCAUGACGAGACUCGAGUAUUUAACAAUUGAAGAGUGUGGAAUGCUGAAGAAACUGCCACAAGAUCUGCACACAUACACAUCUCUUGGGGUGUUUAGAAUCUGCAAUUGUGCAAGUCUGAUCUCUUUUCCAAUGAAAGGUUUGCCAUCUAUGCUGAGAGAACUUGAGGUUUCAUAGUGUGAUGCUUUGGAGUCCCUACCCGAGUUGAUGACACUCAAUAAUCUGCAAGAGUUGAAGGUUUCUGAAUGUGCAUCACUCACAUAUUUAUUGUCAAGAGGUGGGCUACCAUCCACACUAAAACAACUUUGGAUUCAUUUUUGUGCAAAGCUGGAGUCACUUUUUGCAGAGGAAGAGAUCAAAAUUGACUGUCCAUCUCUUGAAGAUAUUGAAAUUACGCGUUGCAGCAGUCUCAAAUCUUUACCUGAAGCCAAUAAUCUCAAGAAUCUCAGUCAAUUGCAGAUAUACGAUUGUUAUGAUCUGGAGCCCCUGUCACUUGGUGGUCGUGAUGAGAACAACAACAUCAACCAACGCACUUCGCUUCAGAAGCUGUGUUUAGUUGAUUGCAGAGCAGAAAUGGUCUCCUACUUUGUGAAGGAAGGGAGUUUCCCCACCAACAUCACUUCACUUGAAAUCGGGAGGUUCAGAGUGGACGACGUGGGUCAACUUCCAGUUCCGCCUCCAUCUCCAUUAGAGUGGGGUUUGCACAAACUCUCUUCUCUUACAACACUCACACUUGAUGGCCGAGGUUGGCCGUGGCGAGAUACGGUGUCCUUUCCAGAAGAAGGGAUGUUCCUGCCCACCUCUCUCAUCAAUUUGACCAUCAACGGUUUCCCAAAUCUGGAAAGACUCUCUUGUGAGGAGUUUCAAAACCUCACUUCUCUUGAAAGACUUGAAAUCUGGAGUUGCCCUAGGCUCGCGUCCUUUCCAAAGGAAGGGUUGCCUCCCUCUCUUUUGCAUCUAUGGAUCGGUCACUGCCCUGAGCUUGCGACCUUUCCAGAACAAGGAUUCCCUUCCUCGCUUUUGUCACUGUGGAUCGUAGAUUGUAAUCCAAUACUGAAACAGAAGUGUGCAAAGGGGAAAAAAUAUUCGAGCAAGGAUCCUCUAGAGUGAUUUUUCUCUAAAGUUUUCUAGAGUGCUCUAUUGUGUGGUUGAGAUUUAUUGGCAAGUCACAUCAAUUUUUCUGAUGUGACUUGCCAGUAAAUCUCAACCAGAACACUUUAGGAAAAUUUUACUCUAGAGGAUCCUUGGUGAAAAUAUUGGCCCAUCAUCCAAUACAUUCCUAAAGUAGAUUUGGAAGUAUAAGCAGCCACCUGCAAGUACGUUUUUGAGGAUGCUUGCAACUUUGCAGGAGAAUAUGGAGGUUUGUUAUGGAAAGACUCAAGAUAGAUGGCAAAGAAGGCAGAAAUACUAGUGCACAUCUGAGAAUUCCCACAUGAUCAAAGGCAAUAGAAAGCACAGAAAAGGAAAGAAAGAAGCAAAGAAGAGAGAAAUUGUACAUAGUUGCUUUUUGGCUAUUUAGCUUGCUAGCUUGAGGAGUAAACCAUUGACAUUGUUUAGAGGAGUAUUUGGAGUGCAAAGUAUUUUUUGGAGGCUGCGCUGCACUGGCAUAUUGGGAAUGGAAGGUCUAUGAAGAUUUGGAAAGAUAUAUGGAUUCCAAGGCCUUACUCUUACAAACCUAUUUCUGUUACAAAAUUCUUGCAUGUUGAUGCUAAGUUGGCAUAUCAUUUGGAGAUGGUUUUGUGAAGCAGAGAAACACAAGUCAGGUCAGAUGCUGGGAGUUUUGAAAGGGCAUUUUCAAAAAAGAUUUGGUUGCUGAAAUUUCUGCAUAAAGUGAAAAUCUUUGCAUGGAAAACAUGUUCGAAUAUCCUUCAUGUUCAAUCAAAGUUGAGGAGGAAUUAAUGGUGUGACUCCGCCCAAGUGACAAGGCAGUGAAAAUUUUGAAUGGAGCACAUGGGCAUAUUGGAUGUUAUUUGUUGAAGCUUCGAGCUAAUGUGUGCUGGGACUGAAUGUCCACCCUUUUGUGUAACCAAGUGGCUUCCCUUGAAACUUGUACGCCAUUGGGGCAUCUUUAUUUUUGUGAACUAUAACUUGUAUCGUGAACAUAAGAUGUAAUAGUUUAAUAUAGUUCAAUGAGAACGAGAUUUACUUAA